CUUCCGGUUUGUGAAUCUCGCUGCUGGAGUAGUGGAUUGAUCAUGGCAAAGUCCAAGAAUCACACCACCCACAACCAAUCCCGUAAAUGGCACAGAAAUGGCAUUAAGAAGCCCAGAUCACAGAGAUAUGAAUCUCUCAAGGGGGUUGAUCCAAAGUUCAUGAAGAAUCUGCGUUUUGCAAAGAAACACAAUAAGAAAGGAUUGAAAAAGAUGCGAAUAAACAAUGCAGCAAAUGCAGCCCUUGCAGCCAGUGCAAGAAGUGCACCUGUUGCAAAAGCAGCCCUUGCAGCCACUGCAAUAAGUGCACCUGUCGCAAAACCAUGAUCUUUUCUAGAUAAUAUGCUGGGACUUUGCAACAUCGUCAUUUUUACUGUUCUGUGCCCAUGAAUAAUGUCACUUUAUUAAAUUUAAAGUUGAAACACAAA